CUAUGUUCUUUCUACCCCACUGUUGAAUACCCGCUUUCCCAACGGUCUGGACAGGACGACCUGUACACUAUAUCAGUUUCCACCGCUGUCAGAGACAGAACCAAGCAACCGGUCAUCAUGUCAAUGUACAUGGCGGAGCCGCCAAAUGAGGCACCUCGACAGCCCAACCCUCCCACACUUCAUGGGGAACUGACUGCCAGCGCUGUCACUCUUACGGUGAUUGCAACCAUUUCAGUUGCAAUGCGAAUCUUCACGAGGGCCAGCGUGACACAGGCUGGAAUCUCUAUGGAUGAUUACAUGGUUAUCAUCGCAUUGGUUCUUGCCAUCACCUUGCUGGGCCUAAACUUUGAGCACAUGAAGGUUGGUCUCGGGUAUCAUUUCUGGGAUGUGAAGACGGUAGACUUCGUCCUGCCCUUCCAAGUAUACACUCUCUGCAGCACAAUCGUUUACGCGACCAGCCUCAUUUUCACCAAGAUAUCUAUCCUUCUUUUCUACCUGCGCCUAUCACCGCAGCUGUGGUUCCGCGUCGCCGUUUGGAUUCUCAUCGGAAUCACCUCUUGCUAUGGCUUGAUGUACAACCUGCUCAGCAUCUUCGCCUGCAAGCCUAUCGCAGCAACCUGGAACCUAGCGCUCAUGCCGCAAGCAGAAUGCGUCGGCGUUCUCCCAAAAUACAUGGCCCUGUCGAUUCUCAACAUCGUCAUCGAUGUUCUCACCCUCAUCCUUCCCAUCCCUGUCGUUUGGAAACUCCAGAUGUCGCUGCGCCAGAAACUCAGCAUCAUCCUCGUCUUCAUGACGGGUGGUCUGGUUUGCAUAAUAGCCAUCCGCCGCACCAUUCUCCUCAAGCCGCUCAUGGCCUCGGCGGACUAUACCUGGGACGCCGUUGAACAGUUCCACUGGUGCUUCGCCGAAGUCGACGUCGCCAUCGUAUGCGCGUCCGCCCCAGCCCUAAAACCCUUCUUCGUCAAAUACGUUCCUGGACUCCUGUCCUCGCGCUGGGGAAGCUCCCACGAUCCUAAAUCGUAUGGUGGAAAGUCCAAUCCAUCGGGCAUUCACGUGCUACAAACAAUCAGCCAGCAGAGAACGAGGAAGUCGAACAAAAACGCGUAUGAGUUGCACUCGAGGGACGACCUGUCCGAGGAAGAGAUCAAGCAUGGGCACGUGGACGAUGAAGCGAGGCUUUGGAAUGCGCGGGAUAUGAAGCAUGGUGGACUUCAUGGUCCGGUUACUGACUCGCGACAAACCGUUGAUAUUGUCGGAGGGCGGAGGUAA